AAAAGUUAAAACAGUAGGCCGACGGAUUACCAAAGAGGCGAAGUUGUUGAUUAUUUCUGAAAUAAUUUUUAUCAAUUGAAGGCUUAAAAUAACUCUCUUUGUAUUUUAUUUAAACCAGCGAAAUCAUAUAAAUUAUCGGCUUGCAUAUUUGCAUAUGUUAGAGAGGAAUACGCAUUACUGCUGCCUUACUUUACAUUAAUAAUUUCACGUGUUUUCUCUCUCUUCCUCGGCCGGGUUGCUGUUUCUUAGACUUUAGCCAUUUUUUUGUUAGGCAGAUUAAGGCCAACUCUGGUCGCUCUCUGUAUUGUCUGUCACCAAAGUCAGACAGUUGAUCUUGGGAUCAGAAUGAACAAAUAAAAUGAAAUAAAUAAACAAACUGUUGUUACAUCUACCAAAGGUAAACGGAGAAAGUGCAUGAAGAUACAGAUUUGAGGAGUCUUCAACUAACCUAUGGUAAAAUAUGGCUGCUGCAGAGGGGAUGAUUGCCCAGCCUAAUGAAUUACUUUCUAAAACUGAACCUGUCGAUGAACUACUCACAGCCACAACACAGAAUGAAGAGCAAGAUUCAUAUUGUGAUGAUGAACCAGUUUUAGAAAUAAAUAUAAACAAUGUUGUUUGUUCUUUUAACACAAGAUGUCACUUAAAUUUGAGGAGGAUUGCUCUGGAAGGCUCUAAUGUUGAGUUUAAGAAAGAAAAUGGGAUGUGUAAUAUGAAGAUAAGAUCUCCAAAAGUAACAGCCAGUAUUUGGUCAUCUGGUAAAAUUACAUGCACAGGGGCUACAAGUGAAGAAGAUUCAAAGAUUGCUGGUAGAAGAGUAGCUAGACGUUUACAGCAACUAGGUUUUAAUGUUCGUUUCACUAAUUUCCGAGUGGUUAAUGUUCUGGGUACCUGUUCUCUACCGUUUGGUAUCAAAAUUACUCUCUUUUCUAGAAGAUAUACACAGCAAGCAAGUUAUGAGCCAGAGUUACAUCCUGGAGUAACAUAUAGGAUAAAAGAGCCUAAAGCCACACUCAAGAUAUUUUCAACAGGCAGUAUUACAGUAACAGCUCCAUCAGUUUAUAACGUCCAGUGUGCCAUCGAACAUAUUUAUCCACUUGUUUCUGAGUUCAAAGCAGAGGGUGAAGUAGAUAGAAAAACGUUAUUGGCAGAAAAAAAAUAUUUACAAAAUCAAGGCUUAGCAAAUCCAAAUAAAAUUCAAAGAUCUGUAGCUGUUAAUGAGGAAGAAGAAGCAAUGGACUCAGAUGAGGAUGAGUCUUUUGAUAGUGAUGCUAGUCAUGAUUGAAACAAUACAAAUUACCAUCUGUUAUACUUUGUGACUAUUGUGUUUAGUAAUAUGGGGUAUUAUUGUGAUGGGCAUUGUGUACAAACUACAUUUAAAUACAGUUCAAAGACGUGUUUUCUAUAUGGAAGUGUUUAAAAAGUGUGUGAAAAAUUCUGAGAUAAUAAACAGUGUUUGUUUGGAAGUUUAUAAAACUCAAGUUAACCAUGACAUGAGGACAGAAUUUAUGUUGGUACUGUAGUUGGAUUAAAUGAAUGACAGGCUGUAUCAAAAGAGAUUCCAGCCAUUGCAGAUUAUAUAUCUUUUAUUCAUUAUCUAAUACCGAAAUUGUUUCAAACAUGCUUAACCUGAAGAACGAAUCAUUAUUGUCUUGAAUUAACAAGCAGAUCACAUGGUAUAAUAGUCUUCGGUCACCCUGAGCCAUGUGUUAACAGUUUGAAUAGUAACUUUUAUAGCACAAGCACAUAGUUUUAUUUAUCAACAGUGACUGACAAGUACCCUGAUGAUGUCACAGCCAGCAUAUUUAUUUGUUAAUUAAAUGCUAAAUGAGUUGUACUUGGGUUAAAUUGUGGAAACUAUUUUUACGCCCACAUUUCAAGCCAGGUUAUUUUGUCUCCACACUUCGUCUUGUGAAAGCGCCUCCCCCCCCCCCUUGUGAAAAUCUUGUGAACGUGAUUGGAUCCUUAUCAAAUUUGUUCAUUAUUAAAGUUUCCUUUUCGGAUUAGCUGCUGUCUUUUGCAUUUUUUUUCUUGUGAUAAAGCUGCUGUUUGGGUCUCUUUAUUUCUGGAUAAUGAAUAAGAUUAGAAUAAGAAUUUGCAAUGACUGGACUUCUUUAGUACAUGUAUAUACCACAGUGUGUAAAUAUUUGUUGGUGCACAAUCAUUUUUCAACGACCCUUUAUACAUCUCAGAAAUCUCAACAACUCUUGCAGAACACAUAAUUGAUAGAUUUCAUUUAACUGAUCUAGUUCUACAUGUAUGUGCAUGCUUGAUUUAGUAGAAAGAAAAAAUCAACAAAGCAUAGUUGUGUUUUACUAUAAAGUUUGUUAAACAUCUGUCACUCAUUGAUUCAAAUUUCAUGUCUUUAGAUUCAGGAUAUUGCAUUUCAAUAAAUAAAACUUAAAGACAAAACCACUCAUUGAUAAUAUAAUGUGUAAAUGUACAGAUAUUAUUCUCAGAUAAAAUCAACGAUCCGUGGCAAAUUAGGGGAACAAUAGGGUUAUGAUCCAUAGUCUGUAUCAAAUAAACAAUUAUUUCAUUGGCAAAAUUCACAUAUUCAACUUUACAAAAAUCAACGAAAAUAUCGAAAAUCCAAUUCUAAUAAGUUCUUAUCACCAGAGAAGAACAAUAUUAGAGAAUUUAUUCAAAUUCAUAUAUAUCCAAUGAAUAAUUAAAUUAGCAUUCAUUGAUUCUACAAUUAAGGUACCAUAGUAUAUGAGUUAAAAAAUAAUUUUAAAAAUCUAUUAUUUAUAAUUUAAAAUAUCUACUAUUUCUAAUACUUAUGUUGAUUUCUGGAACUGGUUUAGAAUCCACAUUAACAGCUACUUUCAACUUGAACGGUAUCACUUCUUCUGGUCUUAACUCGAAAUUUGUGAUUAUCAUAAACUAGGCUUUGGGGACCUCAAAAAUAAAAUUUGGAAUGAAUUGAAUGUGCAUUAGCCAUUUUGGAAUAAAAUAAAAUUUGAACUUGCAGCUAUCAUAAACAGUGUUCAUAGUAGUAAAGUGUUCACUACAAAAUGACAUGUGAACGAAACAUCAGCUAGUGAACUAGAUCAUGGAUUAAAACUGUUCGUAUGAUGAUUAAAACAGACUCUAUAAUCUCUCAUUAAUCUCCUAAUCCCUAAGUAGUACUGUUAAUCUAAUGGCAAAGUGGGAACACCCCAGAAAUAUGAACCUUAUGUUUUAUAGAAAUUAGUGCUAAAGUCUAAUGAAAUCAACAUGUUGGUUUAACAUAGAUGAAACCAAUUUCGGUGCAUGAAAUGGUUAUUCUUGUAUGGAAUGUUAAAAUGUUGUAUGUUUAGUGUAUAAAUGAUAUUUAGAAAGUAUGAUUAUGUUGAGUUAGUGCUAACAUUUAAAUUUUUGUGUGUUGCAGGUUUGUGUCCACUAUUUUUGAGAUUAGGUUUAAGUGCAUGUUCUCUUAGAAUUAAAACAAAUUAUUUGAUGUAUAUUUUAAUAACUUAAAUUAUUUCUGAUUUUACCAAACUUCCCGUAUGUAAUGCUGAUCAGUCAUGGUAAAAUACUUAUAUGAUAAUGUCAGAGUGAUUUCUGUAAAUAACGUACAUUGUCCAUCAAUAAAUGGAUUACAAAUCAGAUUUUCAUUUGUAAUCUAAAACUACAAAUUAGACAAUCAUUACAAAAAAUCUAAUAUGGGAGUGAUGUUUUUAUUUUGUCUAAUGAUAACUAGAGUAAGUUACUACAAAUGUAAUCACAUAUUUUUGAUAGUUCUAUUUUGAAUGAUGCGCCUUCCAUUUCCCCAACUCCAUGGAAUAUAAUUUCCUUUCUUAUUACUACAGUGUCUGUUAUUAUUGUCAAUAACAUCAGGUUUAUAUACUAGACAAUUGGGCCUACGGUAUUUAUAAGAAUGUUGGUUUGGGCUUUUCUUUAAAAAAAUAAAAAGUAAUGCAGUGGUAUCUGAGAACCAGACUGUAUAUC